GCUGAGAAGGGGAAAGCCAGCCGAGGCAGAGGGCAGGGCCACAAGCAAGGCUUGAGGCAGAGCCGGCCAAGCCCUUCAGGGGACCUAGGAGAGUUCAUCGUUUGCAGUGUGGGAGGGGAGAAGGGUGACUGGCCGCCUACUCCAAAAGGAGAAGGCAGAGAAGUUCUUAAUUGUAGUUGUUCUGUGUUUGUUUGUUGUUUUGGUUUUUCAAGACAGGGUUUCGCUGUAUAGCCCUGGCUGUCCUGGAACUCGCUCUGUAGACCAGGCUGGCUUCUAACUCAGAGAUCCGCCUCCCUCUGUCUCCUGAGUGAUGGGAUUAAAGGCGUGCGCCACCACCACCCGGCUUGUUUUGUUUUUCAUAGACAGGUUUUCAUUAUACAGACCAGGCUGGCCUCUAACACAGAGAAAUCUGCCUGCCUCUGACUCUCAAGUGCAGGUUGUAAGUUCUGGAACUCGGAUGGUAAAGUAUCCUGGCAGUCGGCAGUGACCAUAAAGUCACUGUAAGCAUGGCAGCUUACAGCUUUGCUCCAGGGAAAGGUUUCCCCAAUGCAAGUGUUAACAACAGAAAGUAUUAGAGUUCUGCUCCGCUCUGCUCCAGCAAAGUGUUACAGCUCUGCUUAGGUCCCCUGGAGUGUAACAACUCUGCUCUGCUAGGGGAAAGUUUCCCCAGCCCACAAAAGGGUCAUACCUCACUACAACCCUCACUAAGAGAUUUGCUGGGAAGGGAAGAUACGUGAGAGUGUGGCUGCCUCGAGGAACCUGACAAUGCUCACUCACAGAAAAUCCCAAAGCUACAGGUUCCUGAAACCCCAGAGAACACCAUGCAACGUAUUUUCGGGACCAGCCAGGUGUUCUACAGCGUGAGUGAUAUGAAAGCAAGGAUGACCGGGUCAACAGUGCCUGUCAAAGUCAAGGAGUACUAUCACCAAGGCCACAUGUGCCUAGAACAGGAGGACUGGGAGAUGGCCGUCCUCUACUUCUCCCGUGCCCUCCACCUGGACCCCCAACUGGUAGACUUCUAUGUUUUCCGUGCGGAGGCCUUCAUCCAACUCUGUGACUUCUCCUCUGCCCUCCAGAACCUGCGCAGGGCCUACUCCUACCAACCAGAUAAUACCAAAUACCUGGAACGGCUGGCCUUUGUGCUCUACCUACAGGGCCAGUGCCUGUAUGAGCUGUGUGACUUCCAGGAAGCCCUGUAUGUCUUCCUGCAGGCCUCUGACCUCCAGCCCCAGAACCCUUCUUUCAGUUACCGAUGCAUAGCCUGCCUGCUGGCCCUCAAGCGGCAUCAGGACUGCCUCUCACUCAUCACCAGGGAGGUGAAGCAAGGCAGGGCCAGUGCUGAUGUCUACAUUCUCCGGGCCCGGAUCUACAACUUCUUCCAGAAGGCCAAGCUUUGCUAUCAGGACCUUCGAAGCGCCUUGCUCUUCGAUCCCACGCACCCGCAGGCCAAAGGGCUGCUCCAGAUGAUGGUGGACCAGGCCAAGCAGUCCCUCCAAGAUGCCAGCACCCUGGCUGUGCAGGGCAAGCUGCACCGCGCACUGAGGCGCAUCAGCUGUGCCAUUGAGAACAACCCCCUGGACCCCAACCUCUUCCUCUUCCGGGGCACCUUGUACAGACGGCUCCAGCAAUUCGACCCAGCUGUGGAAGACUUCCUGAAGGCGCUGGACAUGGUGACUGACAGCCAGGACAGCCUGGUGCAGAAGGUACAGCGUCAGCUGCUGCUGACCUACAACGACUUUGCCGUGCACUGCUACACCCAGGGUGCCUAUCAGGAGGGUGUGCUGCUGCUGAACAAGGCAAUCAGGGAUGAGCAGAAUGAGAAGGGCCUGUACAUCAACCGUGGGGAUUGCUUCUUCCAGCUGGGCAACCUGUCCUUCGCGGAGGCGGACUACAAGCAGGCGCUGGCACUGAGCCCACACGAUGAGGGAGCCAACAUCCGCAUGGGUGUGCUGCAGGAGAAGAUGGGAUUCUGUGAGCAGACGCGCAGGCAGUUCCAGAUGGCGGAGGAACACUUCACAGCAGCCAUAAAGCACAACCCUGACAAAGCCCAGUACUACCUGCACAGGGCCAAGAGCCGACAGCUCCUGCGGAACACUUUGGGGGCCCGCCAGGAUGUUGCCACUGUGCUGCUCCUGAACCCCAACCAACCAAAGAUGGCCCCACUGAUGAACAACCUCUUCCCCGGCAUGACUGUGGAAGAAGUGCUUCACAGCCAAGUGGCCCAUCUGGCCAGGCUCCAGCUGCGUCAGACAAUAGAAAGCAGUCCAAGGACCAGCCACCCACAAAGCAUUGUGGCGCAGAGGUUAAUGGAGCGCCAGAAAGCCCGAGCCUUGGUGGAGUCCUGGAAUAAGAAACAUCCUUUCAAUGAGAUCCCGGAAGAGGAAGUGGCUAUUUUCCAGACCCCACAGGAUGAGACCCUGGAAGAUAAGACGGAACUCGAGAGAGAGGAAGCAGAAGAGAAAAAGGUGAAGAUGCCCCGCAAGGUGAUAUCCCUGUCAGACAGCUACGUGGACCAGACCUCCUCAGGCUCAGUCUUCAGCAUCCUGAGCAUGAGCACCUUAGUAUCGGAGACAUCAACCAGUCAGGAGUAUUGGAGUUCUUCCAACACAGCUGUGACAUCGUCUGAAUACUCACUGCCUAAGUCCUCACAGCCCAGGAAACAAGCCACGACGACGACCACGACCCAAGGCCUCAGCAGGGCUCCCAAGGUCAUCCAGUUCUCUGACCUAAACCAGAGCGUGAUUGAGACCACACCUCCCUGUAGCCAAAGGCGCCACUCCAGCAAGGCAGAGGCCCCCCAAGGCCCAAAGCCAAAGCCCAAGAAGACAGGGCCUCCCCAGAGCCCAGGAAAACAGGGCCCCAGCCAGAGCUACAGAGUGACAGAAGCCACUGAGGGUCCAAAGUCUAGCAAGAACAGGGCUGACCUGAGCCCGAGGCAGAGGGUCAGGAGAGCCAAGGCUGUUCGUGCCCAGAGCUGGAGAGUCAAGAGCCAGAAAUCAGCAAAGACUUCCAGCAAGACCCUCCUUUCCCAUGGCAGGGGCGGGAAUAGGUCCAGUGAGGCCCAGGGCCAGAGUUCAGGGCCCAGCAAGGCGGAGGAGGCCUCAAGCUCCACUGAGAGCACAACGACAAGCUCCAGCAGGACUGACGCCAUCUUGGACCUGAGUUCACAUCUCAGCAAACCCAAGAAUUCCCAGGACCAGAGCCUGAGCCCCAGGAAGGCCGAGCUCUCACCCACCCCUAGCCACUCUGCUGCUCCCUGAAAAGGAGAGAACAGAUUUGCCCAACACCCUAGCUUUCAGAAAAGCUGCCUCCUCCAAGCGCAACAAGAAAUCCUGGUCGAUGUCCCGAUCCUAUGGCUAAGUUUAUUACCCUGUUCUCUUCUUGUACAAAAUUAAAACUUUGAAAUCCA